AUGCAUGUUAGUGAUAAAUUAAAUGAAAUUUUUUAUUGGGCUAAAGAAGAGCUAUCAGAGAUAAUAAACGAUAUCGAACUAGAAAAAGGCGAAGAAAAAAUUGGUGAAAUAUAUAAAAAAAUAAAAAACACAAUAAAAAUUAUAAAUGAUAGUAAUAGUUUAGGAAAUACACAUAAUAAUAUAGAAAGAAGAAUUAUUAAAAAUGAAAAUAUAAUAAAUUGGGAUGAUUUAAAUUUUUGUCUUUUUUAUUAUAUUAAUAUUUAUAAAAAAAUAUAUGAAAAUUUAUAUAUAGAAGAAGAAGAUUUUUUUUGUAAAUUUGAUACAUACAAUUAUUUUGUUAAAAAAAAUUUCCAAAUUAAUUUAGCAUAUCAUCCAUUGAUAUAUUCUAUUGAUAGUUCAUAUUUUAAUUUUUUAUUUUCUUUUAUUUUUGAUGGUUAUAAAAAGGGAGAUAAAAAAUUAUCUAUUGCUUUAGGCAAAACAUUAUCUUUGGAAAAAAAUGAAGACAAUAAUAAUGGCUACUCAAUUUCAGACCAAAAUAAACAACAUAAUCAAAAUGGCGAAAAACAAACAUGUGAAGAUAACAAAAAAAAAAAAAAUCAAAAAAAAAAUCAAAAAAAAAACCAAAAUAAAAUUACAUACAUACUUAAUGAUGAUGUAGAAUAUAAAACAAAUUUUAUAAGUACAAAUGAAACAAAUUUUGAAUUAUCUGAAAAAUUUACAAAAACGGGUGAUAUAUAUAAAUAUAUAGAAAACACAUCUGACUCUUUAUAUAAUUUUGGAUAUAAAAAGGUAAUAUAUGACGAAAGUAGAGAUAUUUUUUCCAAUCCGCAAAAUAAUAAACACCAUUUUCAAUAUCCAAACGAUUUAGAAAAUGAAGAUGAGAGUAAUAUCAAGAAUAAUGGAAACAACUUUUGUGAUAAAAAUAAAACUAUUAAUAAUAAUGAACAUGAAAAAUAUCAAAAAAUAGAUAUAACCCAAGCAUACAACUAUUCUGUAAAAAAUAAAACAUAUAUGAUUGAUAAAGAAUUGAAUAAAAAAAUAAAAAUAUAUAAUGGUGAUAUAGCAAAUAUAGAAAGUCAAGGUAUAAUACUUUAUGCAAACAAUAAUUAUAAAUAUUCUAAAAGUAUAUGUGAAAAUUUAUAUUCUUCAAGUUUAAUGAAAUUAGAAGAAGAAGAAAAAUAUGAAAUAAGAACAAAAAAAAGUGGGGAAGUUUAUUUAACAAAUAGUUAUGAUAAUAUACAUAAAUAUAUAUUACAUGUUAUGUUACCAAAAUAUAAUAGUAAAUUUAUUUUAGCAACACAUAAUACUAUGAAUUUAUGUGUCCAUGAAAUAUUAUAUGCAUGUUUUGAAAAAAAAAUACAAUCUAUAUCUAUACCAAUUGUAUGUUUUAGUUUAUUUUUUCCGAUAAAUAUAUUUUUAAUUACCCUAUUAAAAAGUUUACGUUCAUUAUUAUUAAUACCACAAUUUUACAAUACAAUAAAAAAUAUAAUCUUUGUAACAAAUUCAAAUGCUAUUUAUUUUUUUUUGUUAAAAUAUAUAUCUAUAUUUUUCCCAAGGACAGAGCAAGAACGGUUUCUAUCUACAAACAUUGCCAUCAUUGGAAAUAAAAUUGGAUCCAUAGAUGUGCAAAAUAGAAAUAUCACGAUAUUUAAGAGUUUGCGAAAAGUGCGCAAAAAAAGGCGCAAAAAAAAAACAGAGAAAAAAAAUAGAGAGAAAAAAAAUAGAGAGAAAAAAAAUAGAGAGCAAAACGAAUAUGAUGAUCAAGUUUAUACAAAUCUAUCUGAAAAAAGUGAGAUGAAAAAGGAAAAGUACAUCUUGGAUAAUGACGAGGAAUUAUCUUAUGAUUGUUCGGAUUGUUCAGAUUGCUCAGAUUGCUCGGAUUGUUCGGAUUGCUCGGAUUGCUCGGAUUGCUCGGAUUGUUCAGAUUGUUCAGAUUGUUCUGGCUCAUCUACAUCUGAAAUAUUUAAAGAAGCAGAUACCGAAUUUUUGAACAUAAAGACCCAAAAUGAAAGUCAGAAAAAUUUUUUAAAAUUAACCCAAAUAAAUAGAAAUGAUGAAGAUAUGAAUUUAGAAUGUUAUUUAAGAUUAAGUUAUAAUUAUAAUAAAAAAGAAAAAUUUGAAGAAUUAAAAAAAAUGAAUUUUAUAUAUGAAUAUGGUAUAGAUGAAUUUGGGCGAAAUAUAAUAAUUAUAAAUUUUUGUAAUUUUCCAUUAAUAUAUAAUUAUAAUUUAUUAUAUUUUUAUUUAAUAUAUUAUUUUAAUACCUUUAUGAGAAAUCAGUUUAUACUUUUGUUUAUUUUUUCGGAAAGUAUUUUGUCAAAUAUCACAAACAUAUUAUCAUUGUUUAAGGAUAUAUUUCAAGUUAUUCAAGAAUUUUUAAAAAAUAUCAAAAUUAUUUAUUUUUUUAAUUAUUCAUUUGUGUUUAAGUUUUUUAUUUAUGUAUUAUAUCCGUUUAUUCCACCAGACAUAUACGAGAAUAUUGUCUAUCUGAAUGACGAUAUGGAGCUUUCAAAAUAUUUUGACGUUCGAAAGGUUCUGAAAAGGGAAUAA